AUGAAGUAUUUGCAUUCAGGGUGUCCUGAAUAUGAUUGAUUCUGUAUUAGAUUGUGUUCUAACUUUCUUACUAUUUAAGGAUUGGUUCUAAAGCUUCAGAUUAUAAACGAUUAAAAAUAGUGAGAGGGAGCUAUCACACAGGUACUGUUAAACGCUGUAUUUGGAAUAUGUGUACCAAUAUCAGUUUUCCUUUUGUAGUAUUGAAUGACAGUAGAAGAAUCAUCAGCCAGUCCCCAAAGUUUAAAUCAUUUAAGGAAAUGGGGAAACAGAAUUCCAGAGAUGGGGUCUCGCACUGUUGCCCAGGCUGAAGUGCAGUGGCACGAUCAUAACUCACUGCAUCCUCGAACUCCUGGGUUCAAGCAAUCCUCCUGCUUCAAUCUGCUGAAUAGAAUCUGUUGCCUACCAGAAGAAACUCUGAGCCAGACAAGAUCAUUGCAUAAGAGAAUGAGUUAUGAAGCCAAAGAUCGCAAGAAGAGCACGCUUCUUAACAGCCACUUCAGAGGUGACAGCCAGGGAAUAAGAAAUAAGGAAGAACUUUCCAGAGAUGGAGCCACCACAAAUAAUGAUGGAAAAGAAGGUCCUCACAGAGAGUAGAUUUAGAGGCUAUUUAAGGAAUUUCCCCACUCCCAGUGUAGGAAGCUUCUCAAUACUCGCUAAUCAGGAUUUCCUUAUGGUUAUAUUCUAGGGACUGCUGCUUGCCUGCCUGUCUUCUCUUUUUUGAAUAGAAGGUGUCGUUGUUUGAUUUUAUUUUUUCUUCAACUUUGCUGUUCUACAACGACAAGAGGUAGAACAGAGACAUUUUCUACCUCAACAUGGGAGGCAGAAAAUUCGCCUUUUUAUCCAAGAAUACCAAACCAGAAGCUGAAAUAUCUGGAUCUGAUAGAGAGGAUAGUCUAUUCUCCCUUGGACUUUGGACUGGAUGCAAUAAUGCUGUGAGACCCUGGGGUAGGAAUAGUGUCUUCUAUGUGUGGGAAAGAGAAGAAAGCAGAUAUUUGGCGACCUAAAAUAGGAUUGUUCAACAAUCCUAUUUUCCUUUUCUCCUGGACACACAGCUACGCAUUUUCCAGCCAUCCUUGUGGUUAGAUGCCCAGUGACAGUUCUGAGAAUGGAAUAUGGACAGAUGUGAUGGGCACUUCUAGGCCUGGGCCACAGAAACCUUCCACAUGAUGUCCAGUGCCUCUUUUACCCCACUGACAGUGGUUUAUUGUCAUCCAGAGAGAGACCUUGGAUGGUUUAGAAGUCAUGUGCAGAAGAUGGCAACCUUCCCUCAGCAUGGAUCCUUGAAUGACUGUGGAGUGCAAUGCCUUCUACCAAUUACACCUACUGCGUUUGAUAAUCAAAUUUCAUUUGUAUUAAGCUACUGAUUUGGGGGGUUUAUCUCCUUCAGCACCCACAUUAGUACAACUCAUGCAGAAAGGAGAGUUAAUGUGAACACAUAUGGCACAGACUGGUGAAACCUAGGACGUUAAGAUGAUAGAUGAAUUUCUGAUUAUACUUUCCUUUCCUGCAAAAAGUUUUUUUUUCAAAUUAAAUGUUGUAAUAUAAUGUGAAUUCUUAAAUAUCUUUCUAAUGAAAUGAUGACUAACUAUAGAAAAGAGAAUGCAGGAAUAUAUACAUCCUUGAUAAGACUGUGAAACUGUUACAGCAAUUUAGAGGGUCUUGCCUAGGGAUAAUGAACAAAAUAACAUACCUGGGAAAAGAAAUGAGAGGUUACUGAUAAAAAACUAACAUUUAGCUGGGAGUGGUGGCUCAUGCCUGUAAUCCCAAUACUUUGGGAGGCCGAGGCAGGCAGAUCGCCUGAGGUCAGGAGUUCGAGACAAGCCUGGUCAACAUGGUGAAACCCCAUCUCUACCAGAAAUACAAAAAUUAGCCAGGCAUGGUGGCGGAUGCCUGUAAUCCCAGCUACUUGGGAGGCUGAGGCAGGAGAAUCGCUUGAACCCGGGAGGCAGAGGUUGCA